AUGAAACCUUUCAUACCCAAUGAAGAGGUUGACAAAGACAAUGGAGAUGAUCAAGAAGAGGUCCGAUUUGAAGAUUUAUUUGGUACUAGCGAUGAUUAUGGAAAUAGAGACCUCAUCGACACGCCUACCCUAGCAGAGGAAAUGAAGUUUGAAAACAAGGAACCUUAUGUUGUCGCGUUGCAACAUUGGCAUAUAAAACGUAGUCUUGAUUAUUCAGUGACUAAAUCUGACAAUGCACGAUACAUAAUUAAGUGUAAGAAUUCAGAAUGCGAAUUCAAAUGCAGGGUUUCUUUGCGUAAGAGUAACUCAAAGUGGAAUAUUGAUAAGCUUAGUGGGCCUCACACAUGCACAACCACUUCAAUGUCACAAGACCAUAGAAAACUCAAUUCAGAAAUGAUUAGUCAGAGCAUAAUGGAGCUUGUUAAUCGCGAUGCUUCUCUUAAGGUGAAGUGGAUAUUGGUAACGAAAACAUAUCUUCCUAGUAAUAGUAUAAAAUUGCAAACCUUAUCUGUGAUUUCAUAUGAUGGAUCCCAAUUGGGUGACAAGAGGAUCUUCUGUCGUCUCUUUUGGGCGUUUCGACCAUGUAUACGUGGUUUCGCCUAUUGUAAACCUCUUGUGCAAGUUGAUGAAACAUGGUUGUAUUGCAAGUAUAAAGGGACUAUGUUGAUGGUUGUGGCACAAGAUGGGAACACGAACAUUUUCCCAAUAGCUUUCGCAUUAGUUGAAGACAAACCUGAAUUGAUAAAGAGUGCAUAUAACAAUCCUGAGAAUGGAUGGCAAUAUCCUCUAUUUUCACACGUUUAUUGCAUUAGACACAUUGCACAAAACUUCAUGCGUGAGAUUAAAGACAAGGAGUUACGCAAAAAAGUUGUUAACAUGGGUUAUGCCUUGAUAGAGGCGACAUUUAACUACUAUCACGAGGAAAUCCGAAGAACAAAUAAUGAGACUUUAUCAUGGAUAGACAACAUCCCUCGGAAGAAGUGGGCAAUGACAUAUGACGAAGGGCAACGCUAG